GCUAUUGAGGUUAUUAACCAACAUUUAGAAAAAGAAAAAAAAGGACAAAUGGGAAAAAAUGAUAAUUACUUAACUCUUAACAGCACAGAAGCUCAAGAAGUUAUAAAAAACUGGUUGCCGGUCGAUAUUUAUAUUGUCUCGCAUCCUGAACCAUUUCAAAAGUUCAUUUGUCAAGGCAUGAUUUUAGGAACUGAUGGGGAAAAAAUGUCAAAAUCACGGGGCAAUAUCAUUAACCCUAAUGAACUAGUAGAAAAAUAUGGGGCGGAUGCUCUACGACUUUACGAAAUAUUUUUAGGUCCACCCGAACAAACCACUAGUUUCAAUACGAAUGGAGU